UCUUUGCCGCACGGCGAGACCCUGCCCGGAGCCGCCAUGGGCCGCCGCCCCGCGCGCUGCUACCGGUACUGCAAGAACAAGCCCUACCCCAAGUCCCGCUUCUGCAGGGGCGUCCCAGAUGCCAAGAUCCGCAUCUUUGACCUGGGCCGGAAGAAGGCCAAGGUGGACGAGUUCCCCCUCUGCGGCCACAUGGUGUCGGAUGAAUAUGAGCAGCUCUCCUCUGAAGCGCUGGAGGCCGCCCGGAUCUGUGCCAACAAGUACAUGGUGAAGAGCUGUGGGAAGGACGGGUUCCACAUCCGCGUACGCUUGCACCCCUUCCAUGUCAUCCGCAUCAACAAGAUGUUGUCCUGCGCUGGUGCCGACAGGCUGCAGACGGGGAUGCGUGGUGCCUUCGGCAAGCCCCAGGGCACUGUGGCUCGGGUGCACAUCGGCCAGGUCAUCAUGUCCAUCCGCACCAAGGCCCAGAACAAGGAGCACGUGGUGGAGGCCCUGCGCAGGGCCAAGUUCAAAUUCCCCGGGCGCCAGAAGAUCCACAUCUCCAAGAAAUGGGGCUUUACCAAGUUCAACGCGGAUGAGUUCGAGGACAUGGUGGCCGAGAAGCGGCUGCUGCCAGACGGUUGUGGUGUGAAGUACAUCCCCAGCCGGGGGCCCCUGGACAAGUGGCGGGCCCUGCAUGCUGCCUGAGCCCCUGGCUGCCCCCCAUCCUGGGGUCCCCCCAGCAGGAAUAAAAACAUUGGCCUCUAA